AUGGCCUGCUCCCUAUGUGGGGAUGACCUCAAAAUUCUGAGCGUAGUAACAGCGAGUAUGUGUGCCUUACCCGCAGGCGACAAGCCCGUUGUUAUAGCUCGGGGCGGGUUCUCUGGGAUCUUUCCCGAUUCAAGCGAGUUCGCCGUGGACAUGGCAACAACCUCGAGCAUGGGUGAUGUGGUCUUGUACUGCGAUCUGCAGCUCACAAAGGAUGGUAUAGGGAUAUGCCAACCUGACAUCAAGCUCGACAAUACAACCGACAUUGCAAUGGUGUUCCCGAAAGGAGAGAAGACCUACACUGUGAACGGACAAGAUUUGAAGGGAUGGUUCGCCGUGGAUUACACGUCCGACGAGCUUUUCAACAACGUCACGUUGGUUCAGAAUGUCCUGUCCAGGCCAAGUUUGUUUGAUGGCGCAAUGUCGGUUCAAGCCGUCGAUGAUAUAGUUGGACGCAAAACUGUUAACCUACUUUGGCUAAAUGUUCAGUAUGAUGGAUUCUACAAUGAACACAAACACAGUCCAGCAACCUAUGUGCAGAAAGUUGUGAGGUACUACCCUGUUGAUUACUUAUCAUCUCCAGAGAUUGGUUUCUUGAAGGCUAUGAAAGGAAAAGUCAAUAAAGCAAGGACAAAGCUCAUAUUCCGAUUUCUGGCCGAGGAUGCAGUUGAACCAUCCACCAAUCAAACAUACGGUUCAAUACUCAAAAACCUUGAAUCGAUCAAGGCCUUCGCAUCUGGGAUACUUGUUCCAAAGGAGUACAUAUACCCAGUUGGUACAGACAAGUAUCUGGGAGCCCCCACCAGCCUUGUGGCGGAUGCUCAUAAACAGGGCCUUGAAGUAUACGCUUCUGGUUUUGCAAAUGACAAUCCAGCAAGUUUCAACUAUAGCUACGACCCAACAUCGGAAUACCUGCAGUUCAUCGAUAACUCUGAGUUUUCUGUUGAUGGGUUGCUUACGGAUUUCCCUCCAACAGCUUCAGAAACCAUCGGUUUUGUAAAUGCAUUAGUUCUGCGAGCAAUAAACCUGAUAGAAAUGUCCUCUGAAACUCAAAGUUGCCCUUUUCUUGCAGUAUGUUUUACUCAGAACAACAAUAGUAGCAAGCCCAUCAAAGGGAAAGCUUUAAUCAUAUCUCACAAUGGAGCAAGUGGAAAUUAUCCAGGGUGCACUGAUCUAGCAUACCAGCAAGCAAUAGAUGAUGGUUCUGACAUCAUCGACUGCUCAGUGCAAAUGUCGAAAGAUGGAGUAGCCUUCUGCUUGGAUUCUGCAGACCUAUCAGGAGAUACCACUGCAAUGCCCACUUUCAUGUCUCAAUCGACCGUUAUCCCCGAGAUCCAGCAGAACAGUGGAAUCUUUUCCUUUGAUCUUACAUGGAGUGAAAUCCAGAGUUUGAAGCCUCAACUUGUCAGCCCUUUUGGUAGUGAUGCUGGCUUCCAGAGAGAUCCAGCAAAUAAGAACAAAGGCAAAUUUGUCACUCUUUCAGAAUUUCUGGAGCUUGCAAAGUCAAAGGCAGUAUCAGGUGUUCUGAUAAACAUAGAGAAUGCUGCUUACCUAGCGUCGAAGAAGGGUCUUGGCAUAGUAGACACUGUUUCCAAAGCCUUAAGCAAUGCCACAUUCGACAAACAAUCCACACAACAAGUCUUGAUCCAAUCCGAUGACAGCUCCGUAUUAUCACAGUUCAAGAAUGUUUCGACCUACAAAAGAGUGUUGACAAUUGAAGAGAAAAUAAGCGAUGCACCAAAGCAGCCAGUAGAAGAGAUAAAAAAGUAUGCUGAUGCAGUCACUGUCACGAGGCCCACCAUCAUGCCAAUUUCAGAGAGCUUCCUUUUGAGCAAUACAAGUGUUAUUGACGAAAUGCAUGCAGCAAAUAUCUCAGUAUAUGUCUCUGUUUUGAGGAACGAGUACAUUUCACUCGCAUUCGAUUAUUUUGCGGAUCCUAUUCUGGAGUUGGCUACUUAUGUAGCAGGAUUUGGAGUUGAUGGGAUCAUCACUGAAUACCCGGCAACAGCCAACAAAUACAUGAGAAGUCCAUGUUUUGAUUUGAAUGCCAAGGAAGCCAUCUUACCAGUUCAACCUGGUUCUCUUAUUGGCAUUAUCCAAGGAGCUGAGCCACCGGCAGAAGCUCCCGCUCCAGUCCUUGAAGUCUCAGACAUCGUUGACCCACCUCUACCUCCUGUAGUUGCCAAUGUAUCUUCGAACUCACCACCUGCACCUGCACCUGAUGCCAAGCACUCCAGUGCACUAAAAGAAGUUGCUAAUUUGGGUCUAUCUCUAGCAGUUAUCGUGGCACUCGGUUUACUAUUUUAGGGACAUUAACACGAGGAGCUGUCCAAUGGAUCUGCAGGUCAUCUUUCCUCUCUCAAGUUUCACUUAGCUUACUCUCUUUCUCUUGAUUCAUUUCGGUUUGUAAUAUAGAAAAGAAAUCUGACAUUGACUAUUAUCAGAAGUGAGUUGUGUUAAGUGGUGUAUGAUGACCAUUUUG